AUAAAUCAUUAUUUCAACUUCUUUACAAUCAUCGCCGUCGUCGUCGCCACUGUAGCAAGGCUCUCGCCGGCCGGCAUCACGUUAUAAGACGCGCCUCCAUCAAAAUCAUUGGAUGAGUAAUCAAAAGAAUCAUCACAUGGAUUCAGAUAAGGUGUUGGGAGAAGCGGAGUCUGUUAUUAACAACAGCCAAAUCAAAACCGUCAAAAACAAGGUUAGCAGCAACAACAACUAUAUACACGAUGAUCUUGCAUUUUACAUUCUUUCAAAACUUCCAAUCAAAUCAUUGAAGCGUUUUGGAUGCGUACGCAAAUCAUGGUCCAUUUUGUUUCAAAACUCUCAUUUCAACACCAUGUUUCGCAACAAUUUCAUAUCUAAUACAUAUGAUGAUGAUGAUGAUGAUUCCCAUCAUACAUUUCUCCUCAUGCAUCCUGAUGAUGAUCGCAUUUUUGAAAAUCAAUUGCUUUUGCUCCCUCCUGAUCACACUUUUCAAAAUACACUCAAAUUAAAUCUCCCACCUACUUUUCAACUGGAUAAACCCCCUUGUCUUGCGAUUCUGGGCUCAACUAGUGUUAACGGCAUUCUUUGUCUCAUGGACUAUUGUCCAGGAGGAGAUUUAAAUAAGGUCCGAUUUGUAUUGUGGAAUCCGGCUACCCAUGAAUUUGUAGUCGUUCCUCCUAGCCCUGAUGAAUCCGGACUACCACAUCCAUUUGGCCUUUCCACUCGAUAUAACUUUCAUGGGUUUGGUUAUGACAAAGUUACAGAUGACUUUAAGGUGAUUCAGUAUGUAUCAUUUGACUGGGACCUAAGAUAUGAGAAUGACAAUGGAAUAUAUCGUGACCCCUUGUUUGAGAUAUAUAGUCUAACUAAUAACUCUUGGAGGAUACUCGACAUCCAUAUGCCUGAUUGCUUGGAUUUUCAUUAUACGUCCCUAAUACCAACAGUGUACUUGGAUGGAAUGUGUCAUUUGCUGCUACAAAGUGGAUCUGAAAGGUUUGAAAUGGUUGUGUUUUCAUUUGACUUGAGUCAUGAGGUGACCUUUAUGACACCCUUCGAUCAAAAUUUUGAUGACGCCCUCUAUAUAACACAUGAUUUUUCAAUCUUUAAGAGACGUCACUUGAUGGUGUUAAAUGGGUCAAUUGCUUUGAUCUCAGAUAAUAACAGCGAUACUACUUUACAGAUAUCAAUUUUGGGUCAACUCGGUGUGAAGGAAUCAUGGAUCAAACUAUUUAUUAUUGACCCCAUACCUUCUUAUCGGUGGAACCUAAUUGGAGUUGGGAAGAAGGGAUAUAUUUUCUAUAGAAAAAAAGAUGGUGAACUAGCUUGGCUUGAUUUGAGCACUCAAAUAGUCGAGGAGAUUGGUUUUAAAGGAGAGGAAAACACUUGUGAUAUAGGAAUUUACAAGGAAAGCCUUCUUUCAAUUCGAGGAUUAAAUAAUUAGUUGUUUUUCUUGUUUUAACCCAGAGGUAUAUGACUGUGUUAUUUGGAUUUUUACGUUGUAUACAAAGUGAUUUGUCAACGGCUCAAAUUAUAAUUAUUAUCAUGUAUUUGACAAAUUAAGAAGCUGGUUGGUGAUAUGGAUCUUGCUUUAUGAAUUUUAUUUUGAAGGUUUACACUUUUUCAAUUUUCAAAUUGAUCUUGUUUCUAUUAUCAUGUAUUUUACACUUAUGUAUCUCCUUUUGAACUUCAUUAAGUUCUGCUUGAAAUAUAUGUACCUUUGUGUAUAAUACCGUUCAUUUGUUUUUCUAAUGAUCCAUAUCAGUUAACUCGACGUGUACAUGCUUCAUGACUUAGUAAUAGAUGUUAUGAAAUCUCACAGUGGUUUUGCAAACAAAAAUGUAUAAUAUCCAAGCCCACUUGUUUCAACUUAUGUCUUACUAUUGAAGUUUGACAAGUGUAUGUAUAAUAAUACACCCCUUUUGUCCUAGUUCUUAAUCGCAAAAUGCUGCACUCAGUAUUUAAUUUUGAUCUUCAUUUUCUCUCAAAUUAGAAUUUCUGCUAGAGCUGUGUAAUGCCAACAAGCUUGGCAACAAUACAAGGGGUGGUUUUAAUUUCACAUGAUUUAUUUUGUUUUGAAGUAGUCAAGUUUGUAUAUAUGGUCAAUUAUUUGCUUAAUGAUUUUCCUUUCAAGCACUCUCAGUAUCUCUAUUUUUGUGCACUUGAAGGUGAUUUUUUGUAUGCUCAGUAAAGACCUUUUGUGUUGGGUGGGAUUGAUAGUCUUUUAUCACAAGUCAUAGAGGUGAUUUAAAUUUUCUUUGGGGUUUUGUUUCCCUUUUUUUCCUAUUGAUGACAGACACUACUGACUUUUUGUAUGCUCAGUAAAGCUAUGAAUAAUUUCCAAGAGUAAGUUAAGAUUUGUUGAUGGUUUGCUCCCUGCUCCGACAAAAUUCAAUUCCUGCUAUUAUGACUCACAAUAAUCUAGCUAUCAAAUUUUUGGAUCUUGAACUCUGCAAGUCCUCCAUCACCAAGCCUUGAUUAUGCUGAAGAAAAAGAACUAACUAUUGUCCAUUUGGCAGGGUAUUGUAUCAUGACUCAGAUGUUAUUAUGCUUGACGAUGUCCUGAGUUCAGUUGAUGUACAAGUUGCUCGGUGGAUCUUACACAAUGCCAUUCUCGGUCCUCUUAUGAAGGGAAAAACCCGAUUGCUCUGUACCCACAACACUCAGGCAAUAUCUUCUGCUGAUAUGAUUGUUGUAUUGAACAAAGGACACUUAAAGUGGAUGGGAAGUUCAGCUGACUUUCCAACUUCUUCAUAUACAGCAUUCUCCCCAUUGAAUGAAAUGGAUUCAACUUCACAUAAUCAGAAAUCUUGCAGCACAAAUUCUUCUAUAUCCAAGGAGCAAUCUCUUAUUGAUAGAAUUAUCAUGGAUUCCCUAGAGGGAGCAGAUGGUGUAAUUGAAGUUGAGUUGAGGAAGGAGGGAAAAGUUGAACUUGGUGUGUAUAAUGGCUUACAAGCGGCAACUAAGGUGCACAAUAGACUACUCAGCAAGCUUAUCAAUGCACCUGGGCAAUUCUUUGAUCAGACCCCUGGUGGAAGAAUACUGAAUAGGACUGUUGGGUAUUGCAAUUAUUUUAUCUUACGUACAGGUAUUCAUAAUAUUUUUUGUUUUUCUUAUGAACUAUGAAAUUUUGAAAUUUGCAACAACUUUAUCCAUCAUCAGUAUAUUUUUAUAUUUUGGUUCUCUGUAGGUCUUCUUCUUAGUUCUGUUAUUGCCCUUUUGGUAUAUCUACAGUAGACUUCAGGUGUUUGUUUUGCUUAUUAUCAUUUUCAUGGAUUUAAGCACUCUGCUUGUUUUAGCUUUCAAGUUGUAAAAACACUUUGGAAUUUUUAUGUUAUAAUG